CUUGUGGAAUAGCGAUUUCAAACGAACCUACUUCUCCCUCUUUUUCCAAGUUCCAUCCAAACCCUAGAAAACCACAAUCACAACACUGAUAUUCUUGCGCUUUCGAUUCCAUGCAAAUUCUCCCAAACUAGCCUCUCCUCCUUCUCCCACAGCCAUGGUCGGAAAAUCCAAGUCCAUGGCGGCGUCUUCGCGCGAAAAGCUCGCGAGUCUUGUGAACGCUUCAAAGUUGGCCAUUGACAUCCCCUCCAAGCUCGAAUCUCUGCGCCAACUGCGCCACGAACUUCCCCAAGAAGACCCCGUCCUCCUCACCGAGUUCCUCCCCUCACUCUUCCACUUCCACUCCGAUCGCUUCAGCCCCGUUCGCAAAUUCGUCACCGAGAUGCUUGGUGAGAUUGGAUUGAAGAACACGGAGUUCUUGUCCGACAUUGUGCCCGUGCUGAUUAACGGAUUGGAUGACGACACGCCUGCGGUUGUGCGGCAAGCUAUACUGUGCGGAAUUGACUUGUUUCGCAGCACGCUUGAGAAAAUCACGGUUCAGGGUCUAUAUUCUAGUGAUUUAGAUGGUGCACUUGAAUCUGCAUGGGCAUGGAUGCUUAAAUUCAAAGACAAAGUAUAUGAAAUAGCUUUUGAACAUGGAAGUGGUGGUGCAAAGCUGCUGGCACUGAAGUUUGUUGAGGUAGUUAUUCGUCUUUACACGCAUGAUUCCAAUGGUUCCUCUGAACCCACUUCUCAUCAAGGAAGGCCUGUAGAAUUUAAUAUAUCAUGGGUCAAGCGGGGUCAUCCUGUACUUAAUUAUGUAGAUUUGUCAAUUGAAGCCAGCCAUCGUUUGGGUCUCUUGCUUGAUCAACUCAGAUUUCCAACUGUGAAGUCCCUUAGUAAUUCGGUGAUCAUUGUUCUGAUCAAAAGUCUUUCAGGCAUUGCAAUUGACAGGCCUGCCUUCUAUAGCCGCAUCUUGCCUGUUUUGCUUAGUUUGGAACCUUCCAGCUCUGUUGUUAAUGGUGUAUGUGUAACAGCUGCACAUCUUGCUUUGAAGAAUGCCUUUCUUGCUUGCUCAAAAUGUACACAUCCAAGUGCUGCUCCGUGGAGAGAUCGUUUGGCAGGUGCCUUGAAGGAAAUGCAGUCAGAAGGAAAGGCAGAUCGGGUGUUUCACCUAAUCUCUGCAAGUAAUGGAAGCACAGAGAGAGAGAAUGAUGAACCUGUUAUCAUGGAAGAGGAACCUGCAGUUAAUUCUCGUGAUUCAGUGAACAGUAAUUUGGCAAGAAAACGAUCAGGAUCGCAAACUGGAAGUGAUUUAGCUGAAGGUGUUCCUGGAAAACGUGUCAGGACAACAAUUGUUGCUUUGGAAGGACCUAAGAAAGAGCUAGAUGACUGUACCACUGCCAACUCUCAGGAUGAGACUCCUUCAACUGUGCCAACAUCAUCAAAAGAAGAUGUGGAUAAUGGGCCUGUACAACAACUUGUUGCCACCUUUGGCGCUUUGAUUGCUCAAGGUGAAAAAGCUGUUGUACAUUUGGAAAUUCUCAUCUCUAGUAUUUCUGCUGACUUGCUAGCUGAGGUGGUGAUGGCAAAUAUGCGAAACCUACCUCCAAAUUACCCUAAUGCUGAAGAAAAUGAUGAACAGCUGCAAGACAUUAGUAUGAUUGGUUCUGAUGACAAGGCUAAAUAUCCACCAUCAUUUGUAGCUGGUGUUAUGUCACUUUCUAGUACUUUUCCUCCAAUAGCUUCCCUUCUUGAUGCUCAUCAAUCAGUGUCUAAUGAGAAGUCACAAGGGGAGGAAGAAAUUUCAGCAGCUGCUCCAAAUAGUGAUGCUGUGCAUUCUGGCAUGAAUCUUGUAUCUGAAAAUAUACCAUCACCUACUGAUUUUCCAUCUUCUGAUGCCAGUAUACCUGGAGUAGAGAAUGACUGCACAACUAUGCCUACUGACAUCCAUGAUGUUGGAAACUCAGAGAGUGGAAUCCCUGGCCUAGAAUCUUUUGGUCAUAAUGAUGCUUUGUCACAAAGUUUGGCUCCUUCCUUAUUGGCUUCCUCUGAAAUGCACCUAGAAGAUAGCAGUCAAGAGCAAGAUACAAGCUUGGAUCAAAGGUCACCUUUAAACUUAGCUCCAUCCAUAUCAACAGAUAGAUCGGAAGNGCUGAGCCCAAAAGCGGCUGUUAAAGAUGUCAAUAGCUUGGUGUCCUCAACAGCUACUUCAGUUGUGUUGCCUACCCGUUUAGUCUUGCCAAAGAUGAUUGCUCCUGUUGUUGAUCUUGCAGAUGAACAAAAGGAUCAUUUGCAGAAGUCAUGUUUUAUGCGUAUUAUCGAUACAUAUAAGCAAAUAACUGUAGCUGGAGGCUCCAAAAUCCGUUUUUCGAUACUUACAUAUUUAGGAGUUUAUUUUCCCUUGGAAUUAGACCCAUGGAAGUUAUUACAAAAGCAUAUUUUGAUUGAUUACACUAGUAAUGAGGGACAUGAGUUGACAUUGCGUGUCCUCUACAGAUUAUUUGGUGAGGCUGAAGAGGAGCCUGACUUCUUUUCUUCCACAACUGCAGCUUCUGUAUAUGAAAAAUUCCUCCUGACAGUGGCAGAAGCACUUAGAGAUUCCUUUCCACCUUCAGAUAAAUCAUUAAGUAAAUUGCUUGGUGAUUCUCCUUAUUUACCUAAAUCAGUUCUGAAAAUUUUAGAAAACAUGUGUUCUCCUGGAAAUGGGGAUAAAGGUGAAAAGGAGUUACACUCACUGAAUGCUGAUAGAGUUACUCAAGGUCUAAGUGCUGUAUGGAGCUUGAUUCUUCUAAGGCCUCCCAUUCGAGAUACUUGCUUACAAAUUGCUCUACAGAGUGCAGUGCAUCACUUGGAAGAAGUGCGUAUGAAGGCGAUACGUCUGGUGGCAAAUAAGCUCUAUCCUUUGUCAUCCAUUUCUCAGCAAAUAGAAGAUUUUGCGAAGGAAAGGCUUUUUUCAGCAAUGAGUGGUGAUGCAUCUGAUGCUAUGAACGCAGAAGGGUCCAUUGCUGAUUCACAGAAGGGACCUGAAUCUGAAAAGCCAAAUGAACAAUCAUCAUUGAGUGGCAGCACUAAAGAUGUCUCCUCAGAUAAUCAUCAAUCAUGCACAUCUGAGAGUGUCUCACCAGAUUCAGUUUCUGAGGCUCAGAGGUGCAUGUCAUUGUAUUUUGCUUUGUGUACAAAGAAACAUUCUCUCUUCCGCCAAAUAUUUGUCAUCUAUAGAAGCACAUCAAAGGCAGUGAAGCAGGCAGUACAUCGCCAAAUUCCAAUACUUGUACGUACUAUGGGCUCAUCUUCAGAUCUCCUUGAAAUUAUUUCAGAUCCCCCAAAUGGAAGCGAGAAUCUUUUAAUGCAGGUGUUGCACACACUUACAGAUGGUACGACUCCUUCUAAGGAUUUAAUAUGUACUGUGAAAAAGUUGUACGAAUCAAAACUCAAGGAUGCAGAGGUUCUUAUUCCAAUAUUACCAUUCCUAACAAAUGAUGAGGUAAUGCCAAUUUUCCCUCACAUUGUAAAUCUUCCUCUGGAGAAGUUCCAAGCAGCACUUGGUCGCAUAUUGCAGGGAUCAUCACAAUCUAGUCCGGUGCUUACUCCUGCUGAAAUUUUAAUUGCAAUUCAUGGAAUUGAUCCUGAAAGGGACGGAAUUCCCUUGAAAAAGGUCACAGACGCUUGCAAUGCUUGCUUUGAGCUGCCGCAAACUUUUACUCAAGAAGUUAUUGCCAGAGUUUUGAAUCAGUUGGUUGAGCAGAUUCCUCCUCCUUUACUAUUCAUGCGUACAGUAUUACAAGCAAUUGUUGCUUUUCCGACACUGGUGGACUUUAUCAUGGGGAUUCUUUCUCGCCUUGUGAUGAAGCAGAUAUGGAAAUACCCUAAGUUGUGGGUAGGAUUCUUGAAGUGUGUGCAGUUGACAAAACCACAGUCAUUUGACAUUUUGCUUCAGCUGCCUCCAGCACAAUUGGAAAAUGCUUUAAAUAGAAUUGCAGCUUUGAAGCCACCAUUGAUUGCUCAUGCUAGCCAGCCAGAUAUACAAUCUAAACUUCCGAGGGCUGUGCUAGUUGUUCUGGGAAUUGCUUCUGAUUCUCAGGUUUCAAGUCAAGCACAAACUACUCAGACACAAACAAGUCAAACACAGACUACUCCCACACAGACUACUCAGACACAGACUACUGAGACUGAGACAAGCAACUCAGAGAAGGACACAAUGACAGAAAAAUCUAAAGAAUCAUCUACAGCGAGCUAAACUGUUAGCAAACAUGAUGGAGUGGUGGAUUCUACUAACUGAGUCCCAAGUUGAAUUAGCCCCAGACCUAACCGAGACUAACUGGAAUGAGCUCUCUCUAGAUAUACGAAUGAAGAGACACAAUCGAUGAAUUUGACAUAUUCAGAUAGCUUAAUAGUUAGGCCAUGUGCUUUUCGCAUUAGGAAGCAACCUGGCAUGUAAAUGUGUAGGGGAAAUAAUGUAUAUUGGAAUGAAUGUGUUCCUAUUUUUGCCCAAGUUUUGGUUGUGGUUAGAACUUCAUGUAUUCCCAUUGAAUUGUGUAUAUAUACAUAUGUUGAUCCCCCAAGUUUUGAGCAUCUUGUAUCUCUGGUUAAAGAUACGGAUCAGGGGAGUAAUUGACCCUUAUUUUUGUUUACCUGUAUGUAUUUUUGACACCAUUGUUUAUUUAUAUAUGUUCUGCACCAUUAAAUUUGCA